GGCAGCGUGUGUGGCUCAUCCAGACAUCAUGGCGGCUACAAACGAAGGGAAGAAAUUGGUGCGCAGUGCCAGUGGGCUCCGCAUGAUACCGGAAAACGGUGCUUUCUGCAGCCCCUUCUCACUUGAUGAGCCCCAGUGGGUUCCCGAUAAAGAGUGCCCCAGAUGUAUGCAGUGCGAUGCAAAAUUUGACUUUCUUACCAGGAAACAUCACUGCAGGAGAUGUGGCAAAUGCUUUUGUGACAAAUGUUGCAGUAAAAAGGUACCUCUUCCACGGAUGUACUUCAUAGACCCAGUGCGGCAAUGUGCUGAGUGUGCUUUGAUCUCCCAGAAGGAAUCGGAGUUCUUUGACAAACAGAUUAAGGUGCUCAUAAAUGGGGCUACCUUCCUCAUAACUUCAAGUUUCUCAGAAAAAAGUGAGACGAUGAGUUGUCGGCUGUCAAACAACCACAGGUAUCUAUACCUGGAUGGAGAAAAUCACUUUGAAAUUGAAGUUGCUCGAAUUAUAAAUGUUCAGGUGCUGACUGAGGGCUUUACUCCUGGAGAGAAAGAUAUUCACACUUACACCAGCCUCCUGGAGAACCCGUACAUUACUGAAGGUGGCAAUACACGUGCCACAGGGAUGCUGGUCCAAUACAAAACUUUGGGGUCCCAAGAACCAAAACAGCUAAAGUUAAGUGCAUCUGAUGAUUUCAAUAGCAACAAGAAGAUGUCUGUCGGUUGGCUGGCUGCUAUGCAUAAGGCAGCCAAGCUUCUAUAUGAAUCAAGAGACCAAUAACCAAUUUGAGUUCCUGAAAAACAAAGAUGCAGCUGUCAGCCUGAAGAGGAAUGGAAAGAAGUAAUUUCUUUUUCCUGCUCUGAUGUAGUCAGUUUUUUAGUACUUUUGUAUUAGUGAUUUUUCUGAAAACACUUAUUAAAUGCAGCAAAUUUCAGGACUAUUUUUGAUGCAUUUAAAUAUUCAGUAUAGUGCAAUAAAAUUUACAAUGUUUUAAAUGUAACCUUUCACAUUUAAAUUAAACUUUUGCUAAAUAUUAAUCUAUUUUUUAAUCACUAACUGAAAACUGCACUGCAGUAUUUUAUUUUAAUGUUGAAGUAUAAAAGUUCUAAUUGCAAAAGUGGAGAAUUGUUUGUGUAGACUUCAGUUCUGUAUUCAGCAGGUGGUUUUGACCUCAGUGCUUGAAGGAUGAAAAUGUUUACAUUUAUUUUUUUUUAAAUAGCAGGAAAUGCUAAAGCCCACAAAGUGCCAUCAGUUUGCUUGGAUUUUAUAUUGUUGCUCUUCUCUUCCCAUUAGAAAUUCCAUUCUGACAUACCAAAGGAAAUUCCCCCAUAGUGGAUGCUUUGCAUAACCCUGCCUGUUCCUACAAUUAUGUACUGAUAGUCUAAGAAAGCUAGAUGUGUUAAGUCUGUAACAACUGUGCAUGAAACCAAAACUGGAUGGAUUAGUUACCUUCAGUGAAUCACAAAGAUACAGAUGGACUAUUACUAUACUAGCUAGUUGAGAAGUGUUCUGAAAGCUGACCCUGGUGUACAAAUCUAAUUUUUAUUUCUUUGGCUACUUGGAAAUAUUUUGUGUAGAGUCUAAAUUUGAAAUUUGUAUUUGAUGCAACCUGGGGUGGUGGGGUAGGAAGAGGGGAAUGCACACCAGCUGUUCAGUUUUCUGGACCAAAUGAGUAUCACAAUUAGUUUAAAUUCUGGUUAUACAGAGAACUCAUCUUGAUUGAAAGUGCAUUUUCAGUUUGUAUUCAUGCUAGCUAUAUACAUUACCCUGUAUAAAUUGCAAGUACCUUCUGUAUAAUAAUAAAAAAUAAAUGCAACUUUCUAUG